ACCGAUCAAAGUGCAAGACUAUGUACACUAGGCCGUUUAAAACACAUUGACCUGCUUUAGAGAAAGUGGGUUUCAUUGCUCUACAAAGCAGGUGACGAGAAAGACUUAUUAAGAUGGCACGCAUGCCGUUGCUGUUCUUGCGAGGAAGCUACUAUGAAUGUGGUUUCCAAAAGGGCGAAUUCUUCAAGAGUGAAAUUCAAACUUACUAUGAAGAGCUAGAGCCCAAGAUGUCUGCCAUGUUAGAGUUCUAUCAUUCCAAAAAGGGGCGAGAUUUCUGCGAGGGUAUGAUGAAAGCUGCUCGUGAAAAAUACCCGCAAUAUGUUGAUGAAAAUAAAGGUAUUGCCGAUGGAGCAGGUAUCACUGAAGAAAAGGCCAUUAUGUCAAUUCUAUGGAGCCAACUUGAUGAUGCACUUGGCUUCGCGGAGAAAGAGAUUUUUGCGGCAUAUGGGAAAAGCAUAGCUGCUCAGGGAUGUUCAGACAUUUUCGUUAACAACGGCAAAGAGAAAAUCAUUGGCCACAACAACGACUGGGCUUCCAAUAUGAAACCAUUUAUCCAACUAGCCUACUAUGCAGAGUACACUCUGCCAAAUGGAGAUGUAGUGCCACCACAGACAUUAUUAGCAAUAGGGGGCCAUCCAGCAAAUAAUAAUUAUCCAACCCACGUUAAUCAAUACGGGAUGUGUGGGGAUAUUAACGUCUUGGUGUUCCCAAAUGAUGAACUGCCACCUAAGAAGUCAACAAGAAUGCAAGGGAGUUCCUGGGCCUCUGGCAUGGGCAUGGUGUCCUCACUUAACGAUCUUGCAAUCCUUGAUAAUAAACUAUGGUCCGGCGUUAAACUACCAUCGUUUAUACUGAAUCGUGCCAUGCAGCAUGCCAAGGACAAGGACGAUCUAGUGAGGAUCUUAACAGACCAGGGCAAUGGUAUUGGAUGGGGCUGGACGUUCUGUGUGAAUGCAGGCUUUAUUGAUGACCCUAAUUUAUACAAUGUUGAGGUUGGCCCAAGCACUGAAGCGAAGUCAUCUGUAAGCGUGGUCACUAUCUCACAAGAUAAAAUCAUCGAAAAGGAAACGGCAGGUGUAUAUUCACACUUCAACCAUGUAAAACACUUACCUGACAAAGGUAUACGGGUUCAACUCUGUGAUAUCCGUCAAGCCAGAUUUGAUGAAUUACCAACUCCACAUGAUUUGGAAAGUGUUUUGAAUAUAAUGGGAGAUGAAAAUCAUGAUGAUUUCCCGAUAUAUAGAGCAAAUGGAGAAGGCCAUCUGUGGUUCACGAACUGGUCAUCUGUAAUGGACUUCAACGGGAAAAGGGUGCUGGUUUACAAAGACAAUCCCAAAACAUCGGAACCAAUCGCUAUCCUGCCAUUUUCUUUAGUAAUGGAUGAUAAACCAUAAUAUAAGGGAAAUGAGUGGCACUAAUACGUAAUACACACCCAUUUUCUGUUAAAAUUAUCGACACCUUCGACAAAGACACAUGUAGGCCUACGUGAACACUAUUUAGAAAUCAUACUUUUUUACUACCCAAUGGCGCUACAGAACAGCAUUAUCAAAAGUAAAAUGACUGUAAUACAAGCCAUUGAAUUCGGUUAAAAUUCUCAUUUAUUUAAAAGUUUUGCUUGUCAUAAUAAUAUAAGUCUUACUACAUACUUGUAUCAACUGCAAAAUUGUACAACAAAUACAAUAUAGCAUAAUUUUACGGAAGUAGUUGUGGCAUUAUGGUACAGUACAGUAAAAUUUCUUCCUUACCAAACAGUUUUACAUAAAUUGCACCGAACACUGUCUAAGAGGAUCUAAAGAUACUGCUGUGUACCCCGUUGAUGCUUUGUGAAUUGAUCAAACUGUUUAUUUUAACAGCACUGCUGCACUUACAAAAGCCAAGUUUCUCCAAACCUCUCUUAAAAUCAAGAUGCAUGAUAUUGUAAAUGAAGAAAUUGAAGAAGCUAUUACAGAUACCAAGCCACAUUACGAUGUAUUCUGCUAAAGGGGGCAUCGGGGUGCCGGACACGGCUUGAUGUGUAUUCCAAAUGAUGCAAGGCAUCCACGUGAUUGAGAAAACGAGUACAAUACCACAUAUAACCUUCGCUGCUUUAAUGUUGCUUCUCCGGGUUGAUGCAUUUAGGCGUCGACGUCUACUUCCACGCAAGUCCAACUCAGAGAGGCGUUUACAGGUCCUGUUAGCCUUAAUUGCUG